AUGUCUACUAUUCUGCAAGACCAUCCAGUAGAUGAGGGAAAGGUCAAGCACAUGAGUCCAAUCCAAAGAUCAUCAUUCACUAGACCUGACCCUCAAAUCUUCAUUAUAUGGGUACCCUGGUGUAAUGAGACAACAAUUGCUGAACACUACACGAAGUUAGCGGGUUUCGUCGGGUUACAUCGGAUUAGCGUCGGGAAUGUAACGAAUGUCGGGGAUAGUGGGUUACUAGGUAGAAAGGUAAAUAACGAUGUGAAAACAGAUAACUGCACACCUAGUGGGGAUAGAUAUGACAGGACAGGACAUAGGGAGGACAAGUGCACGGGAAAAUAUCGGCGUUGGGUUAGCGUUGGGUUAGCGGAUAAACAUCGGAUUGAGUGGCAUGAGCCUGAGUGCUACACUGAAGUAUAUAGUGAGAUGGUCACAUGGGAGCUAGACAAAAGACAAAAGGUGCGACUAUAUGACAUUAGACUUGCAGUAUUUGGAUUGAAACUGAGAUGUUCAAAUACUGGAGCUUGGGCUUUUAAUCUAUCUACUGAUUUAAUUAUUCAAAGUCUCAAAAAAUUGUUCAAGGAGCAGCUUGACAAAUUCCAUCAGACUGGUGCUAGCAUCACUUCACUUAAUGAAAAUGAGGUUGCUAAUCUAUACAAGCAAGUAUUAGUCAAUUUUCUGUGGUAUGAUCUACUGCACCUCUUUCUAUUUUCUAACCCAACAUGUAGCAUCAAAAUAUUCACCUCCCAGCCGCACCUUCUCUCUCUCCUGCAGCACCCUCAAAACUAUCUGCUAACGUACCCCACUGACGGACUCGGCGAGUUAAGUGUAGCUGUAGACGAGGGACGUGACAAAAAGACGGAUUUGGUCGCCAAUUACAAUGAUGGAUGCAGAGUCGACGGAUCUUGGCUACCUGGUAAAAUGCUGGCCAGUAGGACUUCUCUGACAUCUUUGGAUGCGCAACUCCCCAGAUAUUGGUUUAAUUGGGAAGGACUUGACGUUGAAGUCAUGGUCGCGACAAUAGAGGUGGCACUCUCCCCCAGGAACAAUCCUGAACACCUUUACUGCGACCUGAUUGAUAUUAGAUGGACGAUUGAUGAGCUUGGCCAAUACACGUCGCCAAAGGAUCCGGAUGCACAUGGAUGUGCGAGCUUCAACUUCUCAGAAAUCCAAGAGAGAGCAUUUGCUGAGGGAGAGGUGAUAUGUCAAACAUGUACAAAUAAGGUAGACGAGCGUCAAUCGUCCAUGUCAUAG